AUGUUACUUGUAAUUUCUCUAUUGCUGCUCCAUAAUGUAUAUUCAAAUUUUGUUACUUGUCCUUAACUAUAUACUAGUAGAUAAACAUGUGAAUCUUAAAAAGGAUGUAUUUUCUAUGAUUGGAAACAAUCAAGUAAUAAAUUAAUCAUAAUUUUAGCAUGUUAUUAUGAUUGUCCAUCUUAUCCACAAUAAGAAUGUAUUUUAUUAUUUAAUUGUAAAUGGGUGGAUUAAGAAUGUUAAUUCAAAGCUUGUUUAGAUUAUUCAGAAUAAGGUAAAUUAUUUAAUUUUAUUAAUAGGACCUAAGACAUGUUCUAAUACUCCUGGAUGUAAUUGGUAUUGGAAUAAAUGUAGAUAAUAGGAUUGUCAAAAUAUUGGAGCAUCUACUUAAGCUGCAUGUUCAAAAACUUAUUGUGUUUGGGAUGAAAUUGAAACUAAAUGUAUCAAUAAGGCUUGUGCUGAUUAUAAAAAAUCUAUUUGUCAAUAAUUAACUCAAUGUACUUGGAGUUCUGAAACUUGCACAGAUGCAGUUUUCUCUAAUUAUGGACAAUUUUUAAUGACUUUAUUGAUAAUAUUAUUAUUAGAUUGA